AUGAGUAGUGUUUCAACUCCUAUGACAUCUCCUUACAGAACUCCAAUCAAGUCUCCACAUUCAAAGGAUCCAGAAUCAGCAAGAAAAAAUCUUUUAAAGAAAGAACAUGAUCUGAACAAAUUAGAGAUCUUAAAUCUUAAAGAUGCCAAUCUCAAAUGCGAACAAAAGGCUAAUGAACUGAAGAAACAGAAGACAAAUCUUGCAAAUGCAAUCAAAGCUGAGCAAAAAUUAAUUACCACAAGAGAAAAAGAAUAUAAAGAGGAACUCGAACAACAGAUUGAACUUGAAAAGCAGAAGAUGAACACUCAAAUAAGCGAGAUUAAAAACGAAAAGGAGAAUCAACGCAAAGACAUAAUUAACUCUCUGCAGCGCAAAAUCAGACAAAUAUUAGAUAAGUUACCGAGAUCAAAUGCAGAUGGACAUAUGAUGCUGAACAUUGAAAACGAUAAUAUCCAGCAAAUGAAAGCAGAGUUCCAUUCAAUGGUCCUUAAUUGGAAUUCACAGAGGCAACUAUCUGAUAUUGAGAGACUUAACCUGAAAUUAAGAAAAACACUCUUAAUGAUUAAAGAAAACACUUACCUUAACAUUCCACCACAUCCAAAGUUAUUUAUUGAGAAAUCACAUGAGUUUGAAACAGAAUAUUCUCAACACACAUCAUAUGAAUGUCAUCAAACUAAUGUCAACUACACAAAACUUACAGUUGAGAAACACACCUUAUUAAUAUCUUCAUGA